AUGUCAGGAUUUACUGAACCAACACCGCUGCCUAUGCCAGUGAAGGAGAUAAAAGAAGAAGAAUUUGAUGAUUUCCUUCCAGAAUACCUCUUUGGUGUUCAAAAAGUGGAAGAAAACCCUGGACUGGAUCAAGACUGCAAGACCGAAAAACAUACAUCAUCAACUUUUGACUGCAAAAAGGAAAAGUCUCCACUGAUGGAAAUUUACCAGGAGGAAGUUAUUCAGAAAGACUCUGCUCCUACAGAACUAGAGUCAGUCAUGUCAGGAUUUACUGAACCAACACCGCUGCCUAUGCCAGUGAAGGAGAUAAAAGAAGAAGAAUUUGAUGAUUUCCUUCCAGAAUACCUGUUUGGUGUUCAAAAAGUGGAAGAAAACCCUGGACUGGAUCAAGACUGCAAGACCGAAAAACAUACAUCAUCAACUUUUGACUGCAAAAAGGAAAAGUCUCCACUGAUGGAAAUUCACCAGGAGGAAGAUAUUCAGAAAGACUCUGCUCCUACAGACGAGAGGAGACAUACUGAGGUUAAGGGACAUCAUUGUACUGACUGUGGAAAAGUCUUCUGUAAGAUGAGUCUUCUUAAGUCACACCGGAGGAUCCACACUGGAGAAAAGCCAUAUCAGUGCACCACAUGUAGGAAGAGUUUCAGGAUCAACUCGGAACUCAUUGCCCAUCAGCGCAUACACACAGGAGAAAAACCAUACAAGUGCUCAGACUGUGGGAAGGCCUUUCGUUUCAGGCAUAUACUAACGGAACACUGUAGGAUCCACACAGGAGAAAAACCAUACAAGUGCUCAGACUGUGGAAAGGCCUUUAGUCAGGGGUCUAAUCUAAAGGAUCACCAGAAGAUCCACACAGGAGAAAAGCCUUGUCAGUGUACUACAUGUAUGAAGAAUUUCAAGACCAACUGGGAACUCACUGUCCAUCAGCGCAUACACACGGGAGAAAAACCAUACAAGUGCUCUGACUGUGGAAAGGCCUUUAGUCAAUGGUCUCAUCUAAAUAAACACCAGAGGAUCCACACAGGAGAAAAGCCGUAUCAGUGUACUACAUGUGGGAAGAGUUUCAUGACUAGGUCAGACCUCGUCACACAUCAGCGCACACAUACAGGAGAAAAGCCUCAUCAGUGCUCUGACUGUGGAAAGGCCUUUAAUCGAAUGUCUCAUCUAAAGGAACACCAGAGGAUCCACACAGGAGAAAAGCCGUAUCAGUGUACUACAUGUGGGAAGAGUUUCAUGACUAGGUCAGACCUCGUCACACAUCAGCGCACACAUACAGGAGAAAAGCCUCAUCAGUGCUCUGACUGUGGAAAGGCCUUUACUCGAAGGUCUUCUUUAAUGAAUCACCAGAAAGCUCACAAAUGA